AUGAUCAUAGACGUUCAGCUCAUCAUCUUCACCAACAUGCUGGCUGUGUUGCUUUUCUUCCUUGUCAUUCUCUACCACUGCAUGGCAGUCAACAAUCCCAAGAAGCAGGAAUGA